CUCCACCUCUAAUCUGCAUUACACAUAUAUAUAGACAAUAUAUAACUUACAACAAUCUCGAGCGAGUCGGAGGUCUUCAGACAGCUGACAGUGUUUUGGUGUGGCGCGAUCAGAUCGAAAAUCGGCUGCUGUUGUUUGAAAUUAGCGAAAGAACUGGCCAGAAAAUAGGAUAAAUAUCUAAAUAGAAGGGAUACCACCAGCUGUUGCGAAAACAUUUUCUCGUUAUAUUGUGAACCGACAGAGCGGGCCAGGCCAUUGUGAACCAGCGCCGUCCCCACGGACACCACCACGGAGGAAGCCACCGGAGAAAGUGAAGAGCGAGCGGAACAGAGCAGCAGAGUGAGCAGCAGGAGCGGGCGCGCGAGAGGGAGUGGGGAGCAGCAACAAUCAAACUCCGCCCAUGCGUACAACCCGGAGCCCGAAACCAUCCAGAACCUGACCCAACCGCAACUGGAUUGUCUCGCCGAGCCGUCUGAAUAAUCAAUCGCCACCGAAAGUUUACAAUAAAAAUAGAUCUAGAAAUAGAGGCCGCAGCCAGAUCGCAGCCGGAAGUCGCGUCGCAGAGCGGGCGCAAUCCUUUUUGGGACAUCCUCCCCCGACAUCCAGAAGUCAGCACCGCCACAUCCGCCACAAUGCUCCAGGCCCUGCCCCGCUGGUCGCAUCCCACGCUCUACUGCGGAGCGGCCGCGGUCGUCACAAUGCUCCUUAUGACCUGGGUCCGGCCACUGGGAGUUCUGUUUCUGGGCCUGCUGGGCUACUGGAUCUACUGGACACGGUGCAGUUUCCGAAUCGUUCCCACGGACGAGCUGCGCACCAAGAUCAACUCCUGGCUACAGAGGAUCGAGGAGUGGCGCCACAACAGUCCCAGCAUGUUCUGUUUGGCCAGCAGCGGAUGCCUGGGCACCCUCGCAGUGCUCGGCCACCUCAUCUCGGGCUCCACCCUUGUUCUGGCCAUCCUGGUUAUCUCCGCCCUGGUCUCCACCAAGUACAACUUUAAGCUCUUGAAGAUCGAGCACAAGGACUUCCAGUGGUCGGAGAAGUUGAACUACAACAACCUGGAAACCGAGGCGGACGACGAGUUCUUGCCGGACGUGAACGAGUCCAAUCUGUUUGUCCUGGAGCGUGCCAGUGAUGUGGCCACCAUCAGCUCGCCCACAGAAGCCAACGACGAGGAUGACGACGAACGCAGUGAUGACAUUCCCUCGGAGCUGCUCAUUCCGGACGUGAUACCAGAGAUCGACGAGCACUCCACGGACGAGGAGGACGAGCUGGCUCCGUUGGCAACCAAGAAGCAAAAGGACACAAAGGCAGAACAGGCAACCGACGACAGUGACAUGAAGUUCCGGAAGGGGCACUUCAAGCGCGACUCCUCUCUGUCCACCACCUCGUCUUCGUCGGAGGAAAGUUUGUCCAAGGGGCUGCUGUUCCCCGAUCACAACGCCGUCGAUGGCAGCAGCUCCCAGCUUCGCCAGAUAGCCGCCGCCACCGCAUCGCCGGACCAGCCGGAUCCGGCUGGCGAGCUAGUCGCUCUGGCAGUGAAGAGCCAAGCCCAGGCCCUGCUCGCCAACAGCGGCAAGCUCUUGCCCAGCCUAGUCUCCGGCCUGGUGCAAUGGGGGGCAGCAGGCGCUGGCGCAGGCUCCGGAGCUCUCGCCACCGGCAGCGACGCCACCGAUUCCAAUCGAGAUCGCGAGCAGCAGCGCUUGGUGACCGCCCUGGACUCGUCCGAUGAGAGUGACUUUGAGAUACUCGAGACGGAUGACUUCAAGUAAAGCCAAAACAGAAGCAAGUAGAAUCGGAUCGGAUGACGGAUGGCGGAUGGCGGAUGGCGGAUGGCCGAUGUCGGCUCGCUCCGAUUUGUCGUAUUAUAAAGCUAUUAUCUUAACAUAACAUAUGUAUACAUAUGCACACAAACAGACAUAGACGCGGACACGGACACGGACGCGGACUGCUUGGAGGAUACAUAGGUUCUAUAAUCCCUGGUGGAGAUCAGUUAUAUAUUUUGCUAAACUGCUAUACACUAGAGAUCUGAUCGGAUCGGUCUGCUAUCUACUACAAUACAUGCGAGUGUAUUUGCGUGCUCCUCUACCCUAAAGUUUACGAUUAAGGAAAAUGUUUUCAACUAUCUGUAUGUUUUCGUUUUGUUUCGUUUCGUUUCGUUUUCGUUUCGCUAUUGCCUUGAACAGUCAAGUGUUCGAUGCUUAUUCCUAUUUUAGUUUAAAUACUAUAGUUUAUCCCGAUGAAUAAAAACAAAAACUGAAACAUGUACAUAUACAUAUACGACAGCAACAGCAACAGCAACAGCAAACAGGAACAGCACACUCACAACAAUAUUCAAAAAAAGAAACAUAUUUCGAUUGAAAGUUAUAUAGAUGUUCGAUGUGAGGGCGUAAAGCUACUUAAUCUGUAUCCAAAUCCUAAUCAAAGCCCGAAAAAAAGUGUGAAAAACAAAAAGGAUAAUUGGUGUUGAAAAUAGAAUAUUUUUUUGUAAAAUUAAUCCGCAUAAUUGUAUAAACUUGGUUCGGUGCUAUUUAGGAGACCCCCAACCGCCAUAUGACGUGCACAAAACAUAAAACCACAAAAGAUGAAACCAACAGAGAUCAGAAAUUGGAAGAAGCUAGCGUUUCACCCGCGACUUUUGUCGCCGGGAACGGGCGCACGUUCUAGAACAUAACAGCAAUCAAAUAAUCCACUUUUAAUUCUAAUUAUUAUUUUUUGCGCUAUAUAUUUUAAGUUGUAUUUUAAUUUGCGAAACAAAACUAAAUGUGAUUUUAUAAAAACAAGAGAAACUAAAAUAAAAAUCAAAAAGACCUCGAA